CCCCGCUCUCGGGUGGAGCCCCGCUCCCCAGCAGCCUUCAGGAGAGGUGUGAUGUGUUCCCGCUGCCCCCCGCCCUCCGGGAUACCCGCACUUUCCCAUCUCAGACAAUGCGUUUCCAUUCCAGUCGUGUGCCUUUGUCCAUUUGUAGGAAGAAAAGAGGGCUGGGUGACAGCUCCUGUUAGCCUGCAUGAACAGAUACCAAUAAACCCUCCCAAAACCUGGACCUUAAAAAAAAAAAAUUAAAUAAAUAAGUAAAGGGGAAAGAGCGAGGCAGGGAGCCACAUGCCUCCUUGCCUCCGGCUUAUUAUUAAGACACCUUCGCAGCUUAAGCGCUUAAACGCGACCCAAAUUAAAUGGCAAUUAAGAGCAAGUUACACCCUCUCCUAUCUCCAGGCUCAUCUCGGGUGGAAGCUGGCCAUCAGCAGAGCCUCCCCGCCGGGAGGAUGCCAUUUGGGCUGGCAUCUUGGCGGAGGGUGUGUGAGCCCCCCCGCCGCCCCGAGCCCGCCCGGCAGCGGGCGGCGCCCCCGGGCGCUCCCCGGGCGGAGCCCGCAGCCGCUGCGGGGCUGGGGAGCCGCUACCUGGGGGCGCAGGGACACACAGGACUCGCUCCCCGAGUGGCAGCUCCUCGGACAGGGUGUCACUAAAUAAAUAAAUCACGUACCCCUUCAGCUUUGCAACCCGGGGCUACGCAGCCUCCGUGCGUUCCCGUCUCCAAAAUAUAUCGGCACUUGGAAAUGUCGAACCAGCUAUCAGUGGUCUUUAGCUCUCAAGUCCCCUUCCCUAUUUUUCUUUCGCCUGUCACAGCUGUAAUUCCGUAGAUCUAUAUGUAUUUUAUGUAUAAUUCCAUAAUAUCAUAUGUCACUGCAGUGAUACUUUGUGGUCUCACCCUAGUUUAAUGUUUGAAAAUGCUAUUUAAAGAAGCCUGUAAGAUAACAUAUUAGGCAGCUUUAAAAGCAGGUUGGAGUGUGGGGUGGACUUAAAUUCGAUGUAAAUGAAAGGGUAAAAAAAAAAAAAAACCAAACCCAAACCAAAACAAACCACAUAGUUUUCAUUUAGGAAAAAAAAAAAUACACUUAAACAGACACACAUACAAAUGUGCAAUCUUAGAUUCUGGUCAGUAUUUAAAAGCAGUAUAAUCAACAGGAAGGAGCACUUACCUAUUGAAAAGGAUGGUUUAAUAAUAUGUAUUUAUAUAUAUUAGCUUUAUGUCUUCCCAAUAAAAUGUACACAAAAUAGCCCCUUCGAUCAGAUUAGUUCCCAUAUUAGCCUGGGUAAGAAAAAGCAUUCUAAAGAGUGGAGGAAAAAAUGUAUAAAAAUGUUGAAAGAACCUACAGUUCCUUAUUAGGCGAAGAUACAAUAUUUAUUCCUUGUCUCCUGGGAUGAAGCUCCUCUAUCUAUUGUCCUCCCAGUUCUCAGUGCUGAUGCUUAAUUUUCAAAACUUCUAUAUUACCAAGGGACCUACGACAUCAGCCAAAGAAAUACCCAGCAAGUACAAAAUCUGAUCCAGGGAGCAGCUUUUGUGCAGAGGGAAAAUUUUGUUCCUACAGGUUUUUAAGGAGGUGCAUGGAAAAGCGAGAGAUCUGAUCUAUGCAGAUACAUUGCAAAUUCUCUCUGUCUGUAGAGAUUUUUUUCUAAAAAAAAUUGGGGAAAUACAUGAACUUUGGAUUUUUCAAUUUUUUCCCUUUUUUUUUUUUUUUUUUUUUUUUUUUUUUUAAUUUGGAGAGGGGACUUUUAUCCACAGUUGGGUUGUGGUUUUUUUUUCCUCUUCCUUUUUUUUUUUUUUUUUUUUUUUUCGGAGAACCAAAAAAUGUCAACUACCUUUCCAGGUCUCGUCCACGAUGCAGAGAUACGUCAUGACGGAUCAAACAGUUACCGUUUGAUGCAGCUUGGAUGCCUGGAGUCUGUGGCCAACUCGACCGUCGCCUAUUCCUCCUCAUCUCCUCUCACUUACUCUACCACGGGCACCGAGUUCGCCUCCCCGUACUUCUCCACUAACCACCAGUACACCCCACUGCACCACCAGUCCUUCCACUACGAGUUCCAACACAGCCACCCGGCCGUCAACCCCGACGCUUACUCCUUGAACUCUCUCCACCACUCCCAGCAGUAUUACCAGCAGAUCCACCAUGGAGAACCCACUGAUUUUAUCAACCUGCACAAUGCGCGGGCACUCAAGUCCUCCUGCUUGGACGAGCAGAGGAGAGAGCUGGGGUGCUUAGAUGCUUACCGCCGCCACGACCUGUCUCUUAUGAGCCAUGGAUCCCAAUAUGGGAUGCAUCCAGAUCAAAGACUCCUGCCAGGACCAAGCCUCGGGCUUGCAGCCUCGGGAGCAGACGAUUUGCAGAGCUCAGUGGAGGCCCAGUGUGGACUUGUACUCAACGGGCAAGGAGGUGUGAUAAGAAGAGGUGGCACCUGUGUUGUCAACCCCACCGACCUGUUCUGCUCCGUCCCUGGCCGCCUGUCUCUGCUCAGCUCCACGUCCAAGUACAAGGUGACCAUCGCGGAGGUGAAGAGGCGCCUCUCGCCGCCGGAGUGCCUCAACGCCUCCCUCCUCGGAGGCAUUUUGAGAAGAGCAAAAUCCAAGAACGGAGGACGCUGCUUGCGAGAAAAAUUAGACAGGCUUGGACUGAAUUUGCCUGCAGGAAGAAGAAAAGCAGCAAAUGUCACACUCCUGACUUCCCUGGUAGAAGGGGAAGCACUACAUUUGGCCAGAGAUUUCGGCUACACCUGUGAAACAGAGUUCCCUGCCAAGGCAGUGGGAGAGCACAUUGCCAGACAGCACAUGGAACAGAAAGAGCAGACAGCGAGGAAAAAGAUGAUCCUAGCGACAAAACAAAUAUGUAAAGAAUUCCAAGACCUUCUAAGUCAAGACAGAUCACCCCUCGGAUCCUCCAGACCAACUCCAAUAUUAGACCUCGACAUCCAGAGACAUUUAACACAUUUCAGUUUGAUCACUCAUGGUUUUGGAACUCCUGCAAUAUGUGCUGCCCUAAGCACUUUCCAAACUGUUCUCAGUGAAAUGCUGAACUACUUGGAAAAGCACACGUCGCACAAAAACGGCGGAGCGGCGGAAUCCGGCCAAGGACACGCCAACUCGGAGAAAGCCCCCCUGCGGAAAACUUCAGAGGCUGCUGUGAAAGAGGGCAAAACAGAAAAGACAGACUAGCUACAUCAAACAGAAUCUAUUUCGAGAGAGUCUUGCUGCUGAUAUUUUUUUUAAAUAUAUAUAUCAUUGAGGGCAAUUUAUCUCCGGUGGACCAAAUCCCAAAAAAAAAAAAGGAAAAAAAAAAAAAAAAAGAAAAAAAGAAAAAAAAAAGGGAGGGGGUGGGGGGAAGAAAAAAUAGUAAAAAGAAAAUGAAAAGAAAAUAAAACAGGAAGAUUAAAACAGAGAGAAAGAGAGAGCGUGAGAGAGGAAAGUAUUCAACCCUAAGAACAGCAGUGUACAGUAAUUGUGUGAUGAAAUUGUCACUUUUUUAAAAUUUAUGUUGCUCUAAACUGCUUUUUUGUGCACGUAGUACUUGAUUGUUCUGAAUGAUACACUAACACUGUUUUUUAUAAGCACUUCUGGACUUGGCUGAGGUGGCACAUGAAAUUUGAAGCACUUUCUUCUCUGCCAGCAGAGUUAGGGUCAGUGCAUCAGUUGUGGGACGUGCAGUUCCAGCAUCCUGACUUUGCUUGCAUGCUGGAUAGAUUGAAAGAAGGGCUUCCUCUGGUCCAUUGGAAAUGCCUAUCUCCUCACUGUUGGGAAAACAAUAUGGAAAUCUGGCAAAAGAGGAGUUCUUGGGUCAUGGGACAAAUGAGCUGUCCUGUACAUGGGAAUGUACAAUAAAGCUGCACUGGAGUGAGGCCAGAACCUGCUGGGAAUCUGUCCUGACCAUUCAAGCAGGAGCCAUGGCAUCUCUUGUGAAAAUAGCAUGGCAGACUAAAAGGAAAACAAACCUUGAUAGUCUCAGUAAGAGCCCUGAUCCCUCUGUGAACUUCAGUUUAAAUGACAGCAUGGGCUUCUGUCCUCUUUUUUUAAGUCCCUGUCCCAGAGCACUCUGCCAUACCUGGGUCUCUGUUCAACAUAAUCAAAACAGGCAAUUGGAGUCACCUUUUGUGUUGCCUUGAUUUUGUGAUGCUUUCCUUUCUUCAACAGUUUGUUUCUGCAGCUUUAUAGUCUUUAUAAAUCCAGCUGAGGUGCAGAGGUCUAACCGAAUCCACUCACUGGAAAUAAAAUAAAAACAAAAUUACAAAUAAGACAGAUUGGCUUAGUCCACAGCAGCUGAGUGGUAAUAACCUUGCUAAUGUACUUUUGAAAUGUUACUUUACCACCUACCACACAUCUUCACACAGAAAACAUGGGAGAUGUAUUCUGAACUCAAGAUUCUUUGAGUCUAGGGACUUUAUCUAACUCCUUCUUCAACAAGACCUUUAUUCUACUCUUUUUCUUGUUUCUCUGACAACACCUUAUUGAGAAAUGGUAGGAAGGAAUGGUAUUACUGGGAGGGCUUGAUGUUGUCCAUCUAAACUCUAUUUAGGAUCAGCAGAACCAGACCUUUUCUUCCAAGGGACAAUUCAACUCUUUCUGUGAUAGGAAAAAAUAUAGUUGUCCAUGUGUAAAUGUUUAGAGCUGUUUGAGAUGUUUUAGGUGU